AUGCCGGCCCAUAAGCACCCUCGCAGGGCACACAAGUCUGCGCCGAUGCUGGACAGCUCGUCUUCCGACGCCUCCGACGCCUCCGACGCUUACAACAGCCCGACCGCCACUACCUCGUCGAAGCGCACAAGGAAGGUGGUCAACAAGACGGAGGGCGCUGACAGCGACGAUGAGGCGACGGACUGGAAGGACGAGCGGUUGGAAAAGCAGGCGGAGCUGUGGGUGCUCGGGCUGUCGCAGCGAGACGCCUUCGAGGCGGUCGAGCGCGAGGCGGAGAAGGCGUUGCGCGAAUCGGAUGACGGUGGACCCUCCUCCGACUCUUCUCUCGCAUCUCUGCCCGACGACGACUCCUCCGACGCUGGCGACGACGAAGCAGAGGCGUCGACGUCCGCGCGCCGUCCAGGUGGAGCGUCGAAGCUCGCCACAACUUCCGCUCGCUCGACCCAGUCGUCCUCCUCGGCAAGGCCUCUCCGCCCUCCCGCCACACGCGCCAAGGCUGUACCCAUGACGGCGAUCCCGCAGACGUCGACUCGCUCGCUCCGCCCGAAGACGGUCAAGACCAUCACGAAGGCUAAGAAGCCGAAGACGUCCCAAAAGCGCACGCAGAAGACGAUUGAGCGCGUUGUCGUGCCUAUCAACAAAGCCCGCCAGCAGGCCGACCAAGCCGCUCAAGAUCCCCUCCUCGCCUUCUUCCGCCCCGGUCCCUGGCGCGCCGGCCGUCUCCGCAUCUGGCACGACUUCCUCAACGAGGUCGCCAGCGGCUACGUUUCGCCGACCGAGCUCAACAAUACCUUCCUUCGCCAUGUUCACGAGGCGGCGGCCGACGAGCUCGCGCUCGACCUCGACCCGCUCCUCGAUGAGGACAGCUGGAGUCCCGAUGCGUUCUUCGGCAAAGAUCCGAUCGACACGACCGAUCUCCUCGAGCAACUCGAGCAGGAGAUUGCCGAACAGGAGUCGGAGGACGUCUGCGAACGCGAGCCGAGGAUGGUCGACAUGAUUCUCGAGAUGUGUGUGCUGCCGGGCGGUCCGACGCUGGCGGCAAAGAACAGUCAUGGGAAGUGGAGGAGCCAUGGACCGACGGCGGACCACGAGCAUGUCUGCAAGGAGGAGCUCGAGCAGAACAACGGCGGAACCAAGGUCGUCUUGCACGACCUGCACUUCAGCCGCUGCGCAGGCGCCUACAAGCGCGCAUGCUAUCGCGAGCAGACGGGUCAGGAGCCGACAGAGAACCUUACCGCCCCCGCCUCCCUUCUCCGCUUCCAGUACCAGCGCUUCAAAGCGCUUGCGCAGAGCCUGUUCUCGACGUACCGUAUCGCCUUCCGCAACAUCUUCGGCCACUCGUCCGACGUGCGCGGCGCUUUCGGCUUAGACAAGAUCCUGAAGGACGAGCCGACCGUCUUCGGCGUCGAAACGUUCGAGUUCGGCUACGCUUGCCGCAUCUUCAACUUCCACCACUCCACCCUCGCGGAGCGCUCGCUCAACUCGGCGAUCAAGUCGGCCCUCUUGCUCAAGAAGACCAUCGCCAUGUCGCUCACCGUCCUCCGCCUCCCGGUCGACUUCGAUGGCGCGCCUGAACCCGCUGUCGAGGAGUUCCCUCCCGGCUUGCUCGUGUCGGCACUCUACACGCUUCUCGCCAGCCGUCUGAAUGAGGCGAAGCAGGCACGCGGUGGACCGGGCGCCGCCUACGAGCCGUUCGAGGUCGUGGCGCAGCGAGCGGAUUUGGAGUUCGAGGACUGGUACGAGGAGAUGUGGGAAAAGGCGCUUGCGCUGGUGGAGGAGAAGACCUGGGGCGGGCGACGCUUUGCGAUCCCUGGCGCAAGCAAGAACAAGGGGAAGGGCGGCCUCUCCCCCGCGCACUUGCUCAGCAUCGCCGCCGGGCGCGAGAUCCGCUCGAACCGUUCGACUCGCUGGGGAGUCGUCCCCGCGCCGGUCAAGAAGCUCAUCCUCAAGUACAAGCUGGUCGAGAAGCCACCGGCACGCAAUGACCUCGUCUCGAUGCGCGCGGCGCGUUCGGCUAUGUCAGAAAUUUACACCCCCCUCCGACUGAAGGCACAGAAGGCGCGCGAAGAGCGGGAGGCGGAAGCUUUGGGACUUCCUCCUGAGCUGUACAGCGUUCUCUGGAACCGCACGCACGUUGGACGCGGGGCUCGCAAGCGCAACAAACCUGACCGUGACUGGCUUGAGGACAUCGGCAUCUUCGGCGUCGACCCCUCAAUCUUCGUCACCAUCAGCAAGCAGUCACUGCCGGCGUGCAUGAAGAGCCUGCUGCAGACGAUCAACAACGCGCUUCCGGAGGACCAGCAGAUCAAGACGACUUGGCGGAUCGUACAAGGCGACGCCGAGGGUCGCCGCCCCGACCGCUACCAGCCAAAGCUCAAGGUCGACUACAUCUCAGCUCAGCAUGGCUACAUGAUCGAGGCUGACGGCCUGAUCUCGACCCUCCUCGACAACCUGGGCCUUGUUCUUGAGCCUGUAGACGAGGUCUGGGGCAGCACCGAGCUGGGGGAGAAGUUGCAGGCCCUGUGGAAGGAGAUCCUCGAGGUGCUGGGUGACGAACUCGACUGCCACACGGUCGCCUCCAUCUGCGGUGGCCGUCGAUACUACGGCGUCAACGGACAGCCUGCCGGGCGCACGUUCGGCCUGCUCGUCAAGACCCUGCUCAAAAGCGGGCUCGUCAUCUGCCGCAGGAACAUCUGCUCGGAAGAGAUCUCCGAGGCACUCGACGAGGCGAGCUAG